GAAUACGACAGCGAAAUGGAUAACAAGCGCAUAUUAUUUUUGUUCAGUUUGGUUGCACUGAUUUUGUGUAAUAUUGUAAAAGCCGAUGAAACGGAAACGGAAGUGUUGAAGGAGGAACCCAGUACCGCGCAGCUUUUGGAGGCUGGAGAAACUGCCCAGGCGGAUUCUACGGAAGAGAACGUUAGGAAAGUGCGCCAGUACUUUGGACCACCACCCUUUGGACCUCCACCACCACCGUUCUUUGGCGCACCCCCUCCCCCUUACUAUGGCGGUGGUUUUGGCGGUGGUUUUGGCGGCGGCUACGGUGGUGGCUUCCAGAGAACUCGGGUGGUCACCCGCACCCGCUACCGUGGACGCGGUGGUUACUACGGCGGUGGCUUCUACGGUUAA